UAGCAUGGUGAAUCUCGGUGAGACCAACCUCUUCACAGGAGUGUCCUAUGAUGUGUCCAGAGAGAACUACAGAGAUGCUAUCUGUAGAGUGAUGAGGCAGUUGCUACAUCACAUUCUGGAACACUCCGAGGACGACACCAAGUCUCUAUUCUCCAUCAUCAAGAUCAUCAGUGACCUGCUACACUUCAAAGGCUCCCAAAAACACGAGUUUGACUCUCGCUGGAAGAGCUUCAACCUGGUCAAGAAGUCCAUGGAGAACAGGCUUCAUGGCAGGAAGCAGCACAUCAGAGCCCUACUGAUCGACAGAGUUAUGCUACAGCAUGAGCUUCGUAAGCUAACAGUGGAGGGGUGUGAGUACAGGAGUAUCCACCAGGAACUGAUGAGGGAUCUGCUGAGGCUAUCCACCAGCACCUACAGUCAGGUUAGCCCAGUUCACUGUUUUAGAGUUCACUCCCCCACACGUUUGUUUUAGAGUUCACUCCCCCACACACGUUUGUUUUAGAGUUCACUCCCCCACACACGUUUGUUUUAG